CUGAGCCAAAUAGAUGCGAGGGGAUAUCUCGUUCAAUCGGGACUAUAACACAUAAAACAUAGAGGCAGAGGGGACAAAAAAAAAAAAAAAACGAAUUAUUCUGAAAUUCGUGCGCAAUAAUUCGCAACCAUCAUCAUCAUCAUCGUCGUUAUCGUAAUCAUCGUCAUCAUCUCCACACCUCCACCGAAGAUGUUGAAACUCUAAUUUCACAUUUCGGCUCGUUGGUUUCACAGUGCCGCACUAUUAUCUCCGUAUCGGGCUAGAAAAGUGCGAGGUAAAAUAAGAGACAUUAAGUGGCUCGGAUUCGGGCUUCCUACGGCAAAUAUCUCCUCUACAGAUUUAACGCGCAUCGUAACGUAAUCGUGCGGUUCUGAUAUUCGUCGGGGAGCGAAGAACCGAUCGAAUAUAUAGAAAACGACCGUUUCCGCCCAUCUAUUACGUGGUGUGCCGGCCUGAAUAAUCAAAUAUCGCAACCAGUCGCGAAAAUCUAAAGCACAUAAAAUUCCUAUUUGAAUUAUUUUAAUAGUUGCGUAACAAGUGAGUGAGCUUAUAAAUUACUAUCACUGUCGAAUGAACGAAAUUCUUAUCCUUCGAACAAGGUGGCCGACAUACGUGACUGCGUAAACGUUCGCCGAUGAAAAAAAAACAACAAAUUACCAUUUAAAUUUCAAUCGUUCUUUGAAAAAUCGCUCUUCUUCAAUUCUCCAAUUCGCACGAGCUGUAGAGCUAGCUCCUCCUCCUCGACUAUAACUAAGCGCAAUGAUGCAGAGACUCGUGUUCAGGGGAACGUCGUCAUCGACGGCAUCAUCAACGUCGUCGUCAGCGCCGUAAAACGAGUCACACGACGUACGAUAUAGCCAAAAAUAUACCUGUAUAGAUACAAUACGCGGUAAUUUUUUACCCCCUCGUGAUCAACCGGCUGUUGGCUCGAAAUUCCGCAAGAGAAAAAAUAACGCACCGCCAUCCCCGGUUCAACUUGACGCGGCGCCAUACAACAUUUAUAAAUACACCGUCACCGGUUAGGAACGGUUUACACCACCACGAAGACGAACGUCCGUCGAAGGAGAAGAGAAGAGGAAAAGGCAGAUAUAAUAACGACGGAGAAACGUAGACGAAGAGGAUUUCUCCUAAUUUUUUUCUAACACCGCCGCGCGGUCACUCGACACCCGGAUAAGCCGUAACCGUGGAUCCGGAUCGUAAUUUCUCACCAUUGAGGAUAUUCGAUGCGACUGAUUAUUGAAAAUUUAAAAAUACCAAUUGUCGUCGAAGUUUGAUUAACUGUUUUGAAAAACGAUCGCUCGUAAAGCGUUGCUUUUGCGUAAACCUAUUACCGGAUAUCGUCGCGUGCUUUUUUGUAACGCUCCGAUGGUGUGCUGGUGAGGGACAGCUGACGAGAUCGCAAACGGUUUCGUACAGCGUCGACCUGAGGCAUAUGAGGUAUAUUACAAAGUGCGUGGUGCUAAGUACGUAGAUAGAUGGUGGAAUUUUCAGUGUGAUAACAUCGAACGGUGCCGGUGUAAUAUGGCGAAGUUUGUGAUAUCCGUUGGCGGCGUUCUGUGAUAAUCGAUCGAGUAACCACCACUCGACGGACUCGAAUUGAUCUUAAACAAAUUGCGGAACGGGUGGAAAAAGUUGUUUUGUACAAAAAGCAUAUUUGCCAUUAGACACACGGAAUUUCCGUCUGCAGGUACAUAUACUGUACGCGAUAUAUAACGGGCAGAAUCGCUGUUGCUGCGUCAGUACUCGGUGCUUAUCGGGCUCCGUGAUCAACAAUAAACGUAAUCAAACACAGACGCUCCUUUCAAAACCAAUAACAACAUACGACGGUUUUGUUGGCGGUGCAAGUAUUGAGCAAAGGGGGUGGGUGAUAACGUAACUUGCGAUUAAAAAAAAAUUUUCUUCUCUUCUCAACGAACGAAGAAUUAACAAAGGUGUCUAAAGCGUCGCAGGAAUACAGUGACUACCAUUUUGCUAUCGCAUCGAUCGGGUGUAAAAUUCUUCUCUCAAUUAUCGAAUGAAAUAAUAACGAAAAGUGCCUAAAAACAAAGCCUGCAUUGAGAAUAUAAUCAAAAGAUACCGACGUCCACACGGAUUAUCACACAAACAUAGUGGCGUGACUCUUCUCUUCUCUCUCUCCGUACAUCGAUCGAAAGAGCGGCGGCAGCGACGCCCUCUUUCAUACCCCUACCUGAAAAUCGUGCGUCGUCGUUGACUAUUACGCGUCGUCGGAGGAAAGAUACACCCCUAUAACUUAAUCGGGGUUAUAGAUCGCAGGGCGUUUACAAGAUUGUUACACAGUUAUCAACCGAAUGACAAAACGUGCAACGCGUCUUCGGUGGAUGAGAAAUUUGCCGUGAUUCGUCGUAUUCGACUGUGCUUCGGUGUGAAAAAUGAAUGGAGUAUCCGCGAGGCGUCAGACCUCAUGUACGACAGGGUCGGAUUAGCCGAUAUUUUUUGGUGUUUUUUGUUUUUUUUUCUAUCAAUUUUACUUUCGUUACGUCGAACGUCUUUCAGUGUAGACUGCACCGUUGAACGGCGAAGGAACAUUUAACUGGCGCAAAAAAGCGAAGAAGGGGGUAGGAGGAAAGACGAAUUCUAAUACGUGGAAGAAAAGAAUUACCGCAAUAACGACGACGUCAACGCACCGUAGGAUCAGUUCGCGUUGGAGGAAGCGGUGGAGGAGGAAAAAGAGGGGCGAGGAUUGCCGUUGAGACUAAUGAAGGACCAAGGGAGGGUACCAAUGUUUUGCUUUCAGAGCUCGUUCACUCGCGGUUCCCGAGGGAGUGCGCAAUCGUCGACUGCCAGCAGCAACCUUUCUUCGACACAACUGCAUCAAAACGCUGAUUCUACGACUGCCAACAGUCAACCCUCAACUACCGAACUAGUUCACACCGGAAGACGUGGCUCCGAAGCUAACAGUGAAGGUUCCGGUUCAUCUUCCAUAAGAUACAUCGACCAAGAGGUCACCUGCAUGUCGGGAAGCAGCAGUACCGAUACCCUGCCGGGUAUACGUGCCGAUUAUCUGGACGUCGACCCUCUCUCGUCGCCGGAAACACCCGUCGCAUGUAACGGCGGAGAUUCGGAGGAUUCAAAGUUCUCGGAGAGCCCCGCGGCCGCCCCGGGACUCCAGAUACCGAUAAUCAAAAAUACCGGCAACAAUUUGGCGGUGAACACCUCACCCGGUUCGUCGGUGAAGGAUUCGCCGAAUUCGCGGCGUUCUCAGUUAUCCCCUAGUCAAAAGUCGAACGGUGGCGGAGGAAGGUGGCGCAAAAGACUAUUGCUUAGAUUACGUUCGAACGAGUCUCCUACUUCCAGUACCGGAGAACCUUCCCCCUCGCCGUCCCCGACGCCGUCGCCGUCACCGUCCCCCAUGCCUUCACCCUCUCCGGUUAAUCACCAAAGAGGUUUGUUCGCACUCGCCAGCGAUAUCCCCGCUCUGGAUAACUGCUUCGCGGGGGAGACGUCGACGAAAAUUAGUCACCCGGAUGACGAACAAUCCCGUCAACUGAUCGCUAACGAGGGAUCGCUUCCUUCCAGUCCUGCUCCUGGAGUGGGUUCGAUUCCCGGGGGCGGAGCUUACUACGGUUUUCUUACUGCUAACAGUUGUGCCGCGAUGAGACAAGAACCGACCAGCACAAGCUCCCCGCAACUUUCUUCGGCCGCUACUACGCCACGUUCAAGUGCCGACUCGCCAGUGUCUUACGCGGAGGUCCCUCCGCAGGCUGCAUCUUUAGAAGCUCAGAAUUUAGAAGCCAGUUGUUUACCUGCCGCAAGGUCCUGCCCAAACCUGGAACGACAAAGCGGACCUUCGAGUCCUAGUCCGAGCCCCGGACCGGCUGGACCGCGAUUCAAACCCCUGGAAGAGGGAGACAUCCAGGUCUGCUACCUGAAUCACACUAGAACUCUAGUGAGCAAGAUACUGUCCAGCAAAUUUCUCAGACGAUGGGAGACCCAUCAUCUAUAUUUGAACGAUGCCUGCCUAUCGUCAAGAACGCUGACGGGGUUUCUGCAACAUCCGGUACCGUACAGCAGCAUGUCAGAAGUAUACGCCGUUGCGAGAUGGGAUCCGACCUACAAGUACUGCCUUCGUAUCGUCUUACCAGACGGUUCGCUUCUUUUGCAAGCUGGAAACGCUUACACUAGAGAUCAAUGGUACCACUCGAUACUGUGGAAGAAGAGCAUAUUCAAGUAUCAACAUUUGGUGUCGGUGAGUACAAGGGUGGAAGUUGUCCUCAGAGAGUUGAAAACAAUGGUGGACUUCGCACUGUGGACACCACUGCAGGACGAAAGGGUGGCGAGUGCUCCGUUAGAGGCGGUCGCCCGACUUUUGGAAGAACCGGAAGCUGACGAUGGAAAAACUAGCAAAAAUAGCGCAACUCUAUGCGAUGAACGAAGGGGUAGAAAUUGGGCAGAAGCUGUUCUGGCGGUGGCAGCUCCUUUACUUGAAAAAGUCGCCCCACCCCCAACGUUGGCAAGAGCUUUGGCACGGCUUGCUCAACUUCAUCCAAGAUCUCCCCUUGUAGCUGCUCUAUCUCCGGCUAUAACAAGGUGCCUAAAACACACCGUUGAUUUCGGCAAGUCACCGGACAUGAGAAAACUACUUCAAGUAUUUAUCGCAGCGUUGUACGAAAAUAACGACGGUGAACAGGCUAUCAGGGAUUAUAUAGCCUCUGUUCAUGGUCCCGGAAGCGACUGUCCUCAUCCUAGAGUAUUGCCUAAUUUAGUGUCAAUUUGUGUAGCCGCCAUCUUUCAUAGAUUUGAGGUGGCCCGCCAUUCGACGUCUACCGGAGAACAGCCUUCGUCUUCACUGCCACCGUUACAAUGUUACCUCCUUCUUUUGAACGUUGCAUCGGAGUACGCUGACUGGAGGCCAGGACUCGGUGGUCUAUUACAACCGGUACCAUUUCCCGAAGAAGCGCUUGCAGAUAAAUCCGUACAAAUGGCAUUGCUGGUCGGCGUAGCGGGUCGUUUAGCGAAAGAUCCAAGAUGUUCGGUUCACAGAUGUCUUCUUCCGGUACGAGAACCGAGACCAGGAUGGAUUCAUAUCGCGGCACCGGCGAGUCCUGCUUGCCCGGAUCAAGGUCAACUCUUCGGUGAAAUGCUAACGACGUUAUUCGAGUGUUGCUGUCGGAGAAAGAAAUUCGUAAGUUCGCUUAUGAAACAAGCUGGCGGCGCCUGUAUCCUUCUUGGGGUCAGGGGUUGCGAUGCCGCCCAAGAAGCACUUUGUCUGAUGCUAGAAUGGCGAUUAUUACCUAACGAAGAAGCCAGGCUACAAGUCGUUUCUGCCUUGCAAUCAACAGCUUCAGGUAGAAAUAGAUAUGCCGCUCUUUGUCAGAGACAGAGAAAUCUUCAAGAGUUGCAACAAAAAGGAGGUCCAAAAAAGCUCACCUUACCAGUUCGUGCGACAGACGCUGACGUUGCGCUUCUUCUGGGCGGCGGAGCCCUCGGAAAUCUAGAAUGUUUGAGUCUGGCGUUCACAUCAGUUACAUCUGCGUGUGCCGAGCAGUUGAUAAAGCUCCCGGCCUUGAGGUACCUUAAUUUAUGGGCCACACAGUUUGGAGAUGCCGGAUUACAAAUGAUCAGCGAACAUUUGCAGAAGCUACAGGUUUUAAACCUAUGCGAAACGCCGGUAUCCGAUAAGGGGAUUUCUACACUGGCCUCACUGACGAGCUUAAGAAAACUAAAUCUCAAUAGCACGAAGCUAUCGGCUCAGACCUUCGAGUCGUUGAAGAAGAGAUUACCAGCUCUUCAGGAAUUUGAUGUUCGAUAUACAGAGGCUUGGUGACCCGAACCUCCGCCCAUAAAUUUACCUAAUAAUAUAAAUCUCAACAACUUUGACGCGAACGUUAUAACAAGACGGUCGCUGCAACAACACCACCAACAAAAACAGCAACGCUGAGAUUUGAAUUUGAGUAACCACUGCCACCGAUACAAAGUUUAGCACUCUAUUUACUGUUUGGCCCUGGCCUAGAUCGCUGUAAGUACGUACAUGUAUAUUAUUGCAUCUACAUUGAAGUAUGUGUGUAUGUAUAUGUAUACUAUAUACAUGUAGUAUAUAUUUAUAUGGAUAUAUACCAGUUGGGUAUUAGUUCCCAAUAUUGAAUUACCGUUAGUGUAUAUAGAUAGCAAGUAUUAUGAUAAGAAAUAAUACAGCUUAAGUUAAUAAUUUAUUAUAGUUAGGGCAUAUUAUACAUGUAUAUGUGAUAAAAUGGAAAGAAAAGAAAAGGAAAAAAAAGUGAGAAACAGAAGAAUAAUAAUUUGAUACAGUGCAGGUAUGCAAAUACGAUGAUAUAGAUGGUAUUUAAAUUUAACGAGUUCGUGAUUGCGAGAACCAGCGUGUAAUGUGUGAGAUGGUGGUAUGGUAGAACAUAUUGUAUACUAUGAGUUAUACACAUACAUAUAGUACCUAACCGAUAGGACGACUGAUUCUGUAUUUUAUUUGAAUAUAUAGGUAUAUAUUGCAAAGCUGCAAGGGAGCAAGCGUUGUAAGAAGACUGUAUCUGUCAAUUUCCUUAAUAAUUAUCAAAUUAACUAAUUAUAAUAAUUCAUUAAUUUAUGGUAAGAAUAAAUGCAAGUUUAAUAUUCA